AUGCUGCUGCAACUUGUACCUGAGCAUGCCAGCUGUGAGGAGAACAGCUGCAAACUGGAGUUUGUCAACCAAGGUUGCCUCCAGGCCAUGUGCUCCUACAACCUCGUGAACGGCGUCCACGCAUGCAGCAAUCCGGACAUCCUUCUCAGAGACCUUAAGGAGUCCAUGAAUUACCAGGGUGCUGUGAUGAGCGAUUGGUGGGCCCUGCACUCCUUUUCGGCGGCCGAAGGCCUCGACAUGGAGAUGCCGGGCAACAGCAUCGAGGGCAAUCCCUUGAACCAGGCAUACUUCACGCCCAACAACACGGCCGAGCUCUCCAUGGAGAAGCUCCAGGACAUGGCAGCGCGGAUCUUGAUUGGAGUCGUGCGCUAUGGGCUUAUGGAGCGCCCGGCCUGCACGCCUGCAGCCGGCGGAUGUCACAAGGAGAUCUACGAGCUCGUGUCGACUUCCGAGGCACACAAGGAGCUGGCAACGAAGAUCGUGGCGGACUCGGUCAUCCUUCUGAAGAAUGAGAACGACGUCCUCCCGUUCGCAGAAGGUCUACAGACGAUAGCUCUGCUGGGGUCAGUGUGCAACGCGUCGAACGAUGUGGAUGCCAUGCUGGCCACGUGGGACCUUGGCAACUACUACACCGUCGGCGGCUCCGGGCGCGUGAUCCCAGACGAGCCGAGUACGAUCCUCGAAGCAACGGCCGCCUAUUGUGCGAAGGCCGGGUGCCAGGUGGUCACCGAGCUGCAAGACGACGUGGAGGCUGCCUUGCUAGUCGCAGAGAAGGCGGACGUGGCGCUGCUGUGCUCGGCUGCAACCGCUGCAGAGGGCCGGGACCGUGAAAGCCUUUCUGUUGACCAGGAAGCCUAUGUGUCGGCGGUGGCAGCGAAGCUGUCCAUCCCGAAGGUAUCGGUGAGCCUCAUUCCAGGAUCGAUCGUGAUGCCCUGGGUACAGGACGUGGAUGCUGCCGUGGCGUUGUUUUUGGCAGGAGAAGCCACGGGCAAAGGUCUUCUACAGGUGCUCACUGGCGAAGUUAACCCUGCGGCAAAGUCGCCGGUGACCUUCCCGCUGUCAGAGAACGAUGCGAUCCCGCCAUGCACAGAGGUCGAGUGUGAGUACACGGAGGGUGUUUGGGCAGGCUUCCCGAUAUACGAGGACAAGGAGGUCUCCUUUCCUUUCGGGCACGGCUUGUCCUACACCACCUUCAGCUACGAGCUCCAAGCGCUCUCCGCCUCCUGCGACGACGCAGGGAUCGAGUCGGUGGUUUGUGCCGAGGUGGAUCUGAUGAACAGUGGGCCAACUGCGGGCGCCGAGGUUGUCCAACUCUACCUGGGGUAUCCAACAGAGGCAAAUCUGCCCCAGAAGCUUUUGAAAGGCUUCCGAAAAGCCAUGAUUGCCGCCAGCGGCGCGGCGACUUUGAAGCUACCUCUCAGCCGGAAGGACAUUUCCGCAUGGUCCUCCGAAUCGAAAGAGUGGGUGCUGGUGGAUGGCACCUACACCAUUUAUAUUGGCUCCUCGAGUCGAGACAUUCGAGCGACAGCACAGUUCACAGCUCUUGAUGGUGAGAUCUCCUUCUCAGCGGAAGAAUCUGUGCCAUCCGAGGAUGUUUGA